GUCGGCCGCAGGAAGGACGCUUGCUGUCGCCUCGUGUGUGACAGGUGAGCUGCAGAGCCGACUCGCCCGGUACCCGGUCCCCUCCGUCCUCAGCCCGCACACACAGCAUGUCUUCCCCCGGGGAGGAAGCUGCAGAGCCGGGUACAUGUGCUCCUGUCGAGCUGGAGGCCAUCGGGGAAGAAAUCAUCUCUGUGACCAUCGGAGCCACCGUGCCAACGGGGUUCGAACACACCGCAGCAGAGGAGGUGAAGGAGAAGAUCGGGGUAGAUGCACGAGUCAGCAAAGACCGCGGCCGCAUUUACUUCCCAAUAACUACUGACAAGCUUUUCCAGGUCCAUCUUCUGAGGUCUGUCGACAACCUGUUUGUUGUGGUUGAGGAAUAUGAUCAUUACCAGUUCAAAGAUUCAAAGGAGGAGACGCUGGCGGAGUUACAGCAGCUUGCCUCCAAACUCCCCUGGACGAGCGCCCUUCAGGUCUGGAAGCAAAAUCGAGCCCUGAAGAAGAAAAAAGGCCAUCGCCGAGGAGGGAAAGCAAAACCCAACGGUGAGGCCAGUGAUUCAGCCGUCGCCGACGCUGCGGAGCAGGAACAGGAACAACCUCAGGCGGUGGCUGCUGACGAAGGCCUCACGAAGACGGAGAGCGCGCCUGAAUCCGGUGCCUGUGAACAGGACUCAGAGAAGGCAGCCCCCGAGGCCAAGCCCAUCAAGUUCCGGGUGACAUGCAACAGGGCCGGCGACAAACACAGCUUUUCCUCCAAUGAGGCGGCCAGAGACUUUGGCGGAGCCGUGCAGGAAUUUUUCCAGUGGAAAGCAGACAUGACGAAGUUUGACAUCGAGGUCCUGCUGAACAUACAUAAUGAAGAGGUGGUGAUUGGUAUUGCUCUCACCGAGGAGAGUCUGCACAGGAGAAACAUCAGUCACUUUGGACCCACCACCCUGCGCUCCACCCUGUGCUAUGGCAUGCUCAGGUUGUGUAAACCGCAGCCGUCUGAUAUCAUACUUGAUCCCAUGUGUGGGACUGGAGCCAUACCACUGGAGGGCGCCAUCGAAUUCAACAGCUCCUUCUACAUUGCCGGUGACAACAACGACAUGGCGGUGAACCGCACGGUCAAUAACGUGUGUCACAUCCAGAAGCGGAGAGCAGACAAGGGCAGCACACCUGGACUGCCGAUUGACACCGUGCAGUGGGAUCUGUGCAAGUUACCCAUGAGGACGAGCUCCGUCGACAUCAUUAUCACCGACAUGCCGUUCGGAAAGAGAAUGGGCUCCAGGAAGAAGAACUGGGACCUGUAUCCGUCAUGCCUCAGAGAAAUGGCCCGUGUGUGCAGACCAGGCUCAGGGAAGGCCGUCCUCUUGACGCAGGACAAGAAAUGUUUUUCCAAGGCCAUCUCCAGGAUGGGGGGACUGUGGAGGAAGCUGCACACUGUUUGGGUCAACGUUGGGGGUUUACAUGCCGGAGUCUACCUCCUCAAGCGGACCGGAGCCGCGAUCGGCCAGACUCCAGAAGACGUCCGUGAACCACGAGGGACGGUGAACGCACAAGGGGACGACUUGGACAAUAGCGAGGCGUCUUAAUUUAGAUGCACAUUUAAGUUCCGAUUAUUAAAAUAAAGGGCCAAUAUUUGAUUUAUAUUGUCUCUCCAAAGUUAGCUGUUUUUAAAGAGGUUCUCUCUUCAGGCAUGCCAAGCAGUUUUUGUGUAUUUUAUUCUUUUUUUUUUGUUUGUUUUUUGUUACAAACUGUAAAAAGACUGUCUUGUUUAUCCGGUUAAUGUUUCUCACACUGUUCCUUUGUGCCACGGUUGUUCAGAAACCUGCUGAAGGUCGUCUCAUUGAUUCGUUUU